CGGAAGUGGGUGGCGUAGUCCCCGUCACCCAAACCGGUCACACCACCAUCGACGUAGACCGACUGCCUGCUGGGAUGUAGCUCGCCACCGGGGAACCAAAACAGACUGUGACCAAUCGGGCGAUCACCGAACUCACACAAUCUCGGCGAGGACUCGUGGAAACGACCAGUCGAGGACACCUCGUUUAAGAGGAGAAGGAAAGGGGGAGACGGAAGGAAAAUGAUGGAAGAAAUAGACAGAUUUCAAGUGCCGAGCGCCGUGCAGGAGGCGGAGAUGCAGGCGGAGAUGCAGCCGCUGGACCCGGCCUCUUCCACAGCCUCCGAGGCCGACUCGGACACCAGGGAGGUGGAACCUGUCACCAUCAACUACAAGCCCUCACCUCUGCAGAGGAAAAUAGAGAAACAGAGAGAGCUGGCUAGGAAGGGAUCAUUGAAGAACAGCAACGCUGUCGGUAGUCCAGUCAACCAGCAGCCCAAGAAGAACAACAACGUCAUGGCCCGAACACGGUUGGUGGUGCCCAACAAAGGCUAUUCUUCGUUAGACCAGAGCCCGGAUGAGAAGCCCUUGGUGGCCCUUGACACAGACAGUGAUGACGAUUUUGACAUGUCUAGAUACUCGUCGUCGGGAUACUCCUCUGCUGAGCAAAUCAAUCAGGAUCUGAACAUACAGCUGCUGAAAGACGGUUACCGCCUGGAUGAGAUCCCGGACGACGAGGACCUGGAUCUGAUCCCGCCCAAAUCGGUCAACCCCACCUGCAUGUGCUGCCAGGCAACCUCCUCCACCACCUGUCAAAUACAGUAACCGCUCCACUCUCACCUUCUGCCUCUGCCCCUUUCCACGCAAAAUAUCCUUCUUCAUCUGCUGUGAGUUUACUUUGCCGCCACAGUGGUGACAUCGAAGCAUUGGUAGAGUAUUGUAAUGCCAGUUAUGUGCUAUGGUGGCAGUGAGAAAUAAUCAAAUUAACAAAUAGAGUAUUUGGUUUCAAAUCUGGGAGAUAGGCCACAUUUGAAAAUCUUAAAUAUGUAUUUAAAAUGUUUUAAAAUAAGUGAAAGUGGUUGUUUCCUCCUAUGGUAGGACGUGCACUUGUGUUUGAGAGCUCUUCUUCUGGUGAUGGUGAUGUAACACACUGAUAUUAGAGGGCAUGAUACCGAAGGUCAAUUGAUGCUAUGAAGUGAACUCCAUUUCCCUGAAGAAUAAGAACCAUCAUAAAUGCUCAUUCAACUGUUCUGCUUACCUGACUGAAUUCUGGGUUGCAUUGUUUUUUUGUAGUUUUAAAUGCUCAUCGUUUUAGGCUUGAAGGACGAGUAUGAUUGUGUGUGUGGAUGUAGGUGUUUGUAUCUCCAUAGAGAGGAUAUCUGAUACCAUAUUCAUUGUACUGCAGAGGGUCGAUGAGCUGCACUGACUAUGUCGUUGCAUCCAUUCAGCCCACUCUCAAUACUUUGGCUUUCUCUCCGAUUCAGAGUUUCGGGACGAAUGUAUGAACACGAGUGGCUCUGAAAACAAAUAUUGCACGAGGAACACUGGACGGAGCAAUAGAAAGGAAAAAAAUACUGAACUGAUUUUUUCUUUUGUGCAGUCACUAGCGUGACGAAGCAUAGUGUUGAAUUUUGCACUGUUGUAUUUUUUGGGCCUGUAUCUGUUUACUCUUUCCUGCACAGCAAUGACAGUGUCUUAUCCGCUAUGAAUUGUGUGUCAAAAAAAGAGAAGGUUAUGAAAUUUUGCAACAACCGUCAACCCUCAUCAAGGCCAACGGGACAGUGGGGACCUCAAGAUACAUUUUUACGCACAUUUGGCUGUGAUUACACACAAACACACACACACACACAAAAUCUGGAUCGACGGACCUUCUUUCCUUCUCAUUUCUGUGUUGACUCAUCAAGCAAGCACACGUUCAGACAAUAGAAAGAUUACACUUUCUCAUCUUGCACACAUGCAUAUGCAUGCAUACAGACACACAAAACCCACAU